UGCGAGGCUCCUGGUGUUAAGGAACGAAAACUGACAGGCUGCAGGUUUUUCAGCGUUAGGAGGAAAAAUGAUGGACGCCCUCCAAGUUGCCUCUUCCUUAAUAGCUUCGACCUGCCUUUAAUCUCCUGCUUUUUUCCAAUUGUUUGCUCUUGGGAUGAUUAUGUUUUACUCAGCCGCAGGUUCGUCCGGCUUCUUCUCUGCUCCUUCCCAGCCUUUCAGUCACCGAGGCCAUGGACAGCAGAGGCUCUGGCUCCCCAAGUUUCCAAGCAGAGCCUCGAUCUUCCAUGAGUGACAACCUAAACUAUGGCGAUGAGGAACUGGAUGAGGAGACCAUGAACUUCAUUUCUGCCUUGUACACCGCCUUGGGACCCCUCUUGCCCGAAGUCACCAAGCUCCAGGGCCACCAGGAUCCUCCGGCCCACCUGAUGGUUGACAUGAAGACCAAACUGAGGGAGCUGGGCUCCAGUGUCUCUGAUGCCCGGAAGCGGCUGUUGAAGUACAACAUUUACCUGAAGAAGAAGCUGGCCAGAGCCAUGCAGGAGAGGAAGGCCCUUCGGGAGCAACAGCUGAGGCAACAAGGAAUUAAUGAGCAGCUCAGCACAGCGCACGUGCCAAGUGUACUCAGGGCCGAGGUGGCUGCGGGGAAGUCCAGGAUGGGCACCGAGAAGAACAUUCUGGAGAUCCCGCCUGCGGAGCUGGUCAAGUUAAAGCAACCAGAAAGAAUUCAUCGACGGGGCGACACAGUAGAGGAACGUGCUCGGAUGUGCAUGACCCCCCAAGGCAUCCUGCAGAGAAAUAUUUGCAAAGUGGAAAACGCUUCUUCCCGACCUCUGGAUCGGAGCUCCCUGUGAUCACCGAAGGAGAAACACGGAUCCUUCCGCUACCUCUUCUCCUCUCCCCUCACCCCCAGGACCUCAAAGAUGGCUGUGAGACAGUCCCGAGGCUGAGCAGUGGCUGCCCCUGCCCAACCCAAUAAAUCCACUGAG